AUGCAUUACGAGCGUAAAAACCAGCUCACUGCAGUGGCUGUCGCAGAAUUAGUAAGCGUUUUUAAAGAGUUCUAUUUUCAAAUUUUAAAGCAGUAAAUUUAUGUUGAAACUUUCGAGAACUUUACCACAAUAACUGCAAAAUUGACAAAUGGGGGAUUUUUUAGUGUUUCGCCUUCGGUAGGCCGCUUAAAGACGUAUUUUUUUUGGAAAAGGCCACAUGGAGGUGUCCUAUUUCAAUGAGUUAUUUUGAGAAAAAGGCUGGUUCAAGACCAUAAACUAGGUUCACUGUCAGUGACCUGGCUUUCACUCGGAGACAUGCUGAAAAAACGUCUAGCAGUCCAAGACGCGAAAUUCGAAAUGCUGUUUUCUUUUGCGGGAAUGAUUUCAGAGUCAUGAGAAAAUUUAAGUCCACCUGUUAACCCGGUAGAAAUUAGCAGGUCGAAUCAAAGAAGGGGCGAUUUGUAAUAUUUGGAACUGAAAUAUGGGCAGAAAGGACCCUGUUGGAGACCCAUUCCCACUGAUGUUUCAUCCGGCCCAGGAAGCUUUUCGCAAAAUAUCACUUCACAAAAAUUAGGACCGAGAAAAGAAAGAUGGCUUGCGCACGUUAUGGUCAUAAUGUUUCACAGCCGAUUUGGACAUCAGACUUAUUUAACAUCUUUUUUACGGUAGAUGCCCGCAGAGAUAAUCAAAGUCUGGGAAACCUAAAUAGGACUUGAAUAACCGUUUAAAUUGGAGCCAAACAUUUGUCCUUUGUCAAGUUUGUGACGAGGUGGAUUUCAUCCAGCGGCUAACUUUAGUCUCUUUGUUCUGGGAGCUUUCCGUUAAUAUUUCUUUAUUUUAGGACGGCGUGGUGCAGAGUUGUGCAGUUAACAGUGUAUUCUGCUGCAAUUUUAGCACCAAGACCGAUGUAACCUCCCAAAUAACCACUCGGGAGUAAGGAUAUAUUGGACCUGGUUCAACCAAUUGACCUAAAUGACGCGCAAGAUAACAAUGUUUAAAGCCACCGAACGAAUAUGCGCGGCAACAUUCGUCUCUCUUAUGGGUGAACUAAAAGCGUUAGGCAUGCAUAAGAGGUGAUACUUUCGAAGACUACCCUAAACCCUCUGUGCACUCUGUAACCAGCAAAUAAAAGCUUACUUUCUGUUUGAGUAGCUCACAUUUGUAGUUCGGACUGAGAAAAGGCAUGGUGGUGCUAGAACUGAUCACGACCAGGAAAGAGUUGACUUAACUGUUGUUUAAUUAUUACCAUACUACGCUUUGGCAAUCUCUGUUUCGCUAAACUUGCCAAAACCUAAUGAAGAUAGACUUAGAAGAAGAUGAGAUCUCCAGAACAGGAAGUUUAUUGGACUGACAUUUCCGAUUCUCACUCGAGCCCAUCAGCAGAGACAGUCGCAGACAAGGUCAGUAAAGGCACAGGGAGUGCAGCAUUUAUUGUACGUAACUGCCAUGCGUGCUAUAAUUAACAACUUUCGCGACCACCGCUGAGGGUCGUAGUUGAUGCGAUGAUGGUCUGUCAGUCUGUGUCCGAAUCGUUAAUGGCCGCAAUUUCACCAUCCGAGUCAGAUGUUGGCGGGACGAUUACUUGGCCAUUUGGCUUGCGGCCACUGGGAUUGUAGCUCGCCCGCGCCCUUUAUACGUGACUGAUUUCCCAGUCCAGGGAAAGUCUCAGCGCAAAAGAUGGCAACGGGCGAUCAUAGCGCUCGCUGAAGGAUUAGAGGCCUGAGAACACUGACUCGAGCAGUUCGCGGCUCACGCGGUUGUCGCCUCUUCCAAGGAUUUCGGCUUCUUGAGGCUCGAAAAUAUGACCAGGUCCCGUGCAAUGAGGUGCCACCUGAGAUCUAUAGUCUUUUCUCACCGCUGCUGCGUGCUCGCACAUUCGCGUCCGGAGUAAUCUCCCACUUUCUCCAGCGUAGUUGCGCUGUCCACAACUGCACCAGGUCCGAUAAACAAUUCCGGACGUUUCCCGCCGUGGUAGUGGGUCUUUCGGCCUCAUGACCUGACGCCUGAUGGUUGUUUCCUGCCUGUGUGCAACCGCAACGACUGUUCGCUUCUAUCGAAGACGGAUUUGUUCAUAUUGCUAGGGUACAUUAUUGGAAAAAAUGUCCCCUAUCCAACGUAUGACCCUUAUUUGACUGACGUUGAAUGAGUCUGGUGUUGCGCUCACUUCUCAUUUUCAAUGCGCCGCAUUACUCAGAUCUGCUCUGAUCAGCGGAAAUUAAAAAUUGACUCAAAUGUCUAAGGACGCGUGGUCAGGCAAAUUAGUGUUGUAGACCUGGAAGAGUUCUUCCGUGCAAUGUCUCGCCAAAUCUAGCGAAAUCGGGGUGAAGAGUGAGAGUACAUCGUAUAUGGGCAGAAAAGGCGGCACCGCCCCUCUCAGUAUUUAUAGGUGGUAACGGUCGUGUUAAAAUGCGUUACCUAUGCAGUCAGCUUCAGGGAGGCAGGGGUGGAGGGGGGCGUCACCAAUCCUCACGUCGCCGGAUGAGGGAUGGUGUUUCGACUUUGGUGGUCAUCGUCCGCACACACACACACACCCACACACACGACAGUUCGACUGUCGCAUCCGACGCUAUCCACUGUAUGCUUCGCAGAUGGGUGGGAGCAGGGACAGUGGCUUGUACGAAAAUUCAGUUUAUAGGGAUAGUAGACUUGCACAGCAUCUACCGCGCUCUCUACUCCUCCCCCUGAACCCAGUCUCAAGAAGACCGGAGACGGGGGAGGGCGCAGGUGGAUGGCUUGGACGGAUGCGCACCUUGGCGCUCCACUCCGUACCCCCUGGUCCACACAACAAAUGACAAGGAUUUUGACCGACAAAACAAUGGGGGGGGGGCGGUGGUCCCAGUUUGUGCGCCUACUGCCGACAGCAGGGUCUGCUAGCGCACCCCCUGAAUGUUGGCAUUAGUUAUUGCGCAAGAUAACGCCUGCCAGAAUCCGAUGUGGUCCCCGCGCUGGUCCAGCGUAUCUACAACGUGGCCCGUUUGGUGACAAACACACACACACACACACACACACACAGGGACCGUGGCAGACGGGGGGAAGAGAGGAUGGCGGAAUGUUCUAUCGUCGGGGACGGCGUUCGGACGUUGGCAGUCAGCGCCCGUACGCGCUAGGCUAACAAUCUUUUUAUGGUCCUAAAACUGUCUGUUUCUCGUCCGGCGAAUUAGUGACGUUCGUGGUGACAACUGCGUCUUCGGAGGUUCCGGGUUAUAGUGCGGCUACGUGCGUAUGCUGAACAUGUUUCGUGCUGCAACCAUACCGGUGGAUGUCUCCGAAACACCAUGCGAUAGAUUCAAAAUAUAGAGUCCUUCAAGGCGAGAUGGCAUCUUUCUGAUACUGAUCACACACCAAAUCGAAUUCAGUUAGACAGUUUUCGUCAGUGGCUAGUUAUCCUCAAUUUAGCAGGCACAUGGGCUGGUGGGGGCCUAAAACGCGGCCCCAUCUAGUCAUUUCCUAGUCAGUUGCUUAAAAAUUUCAUACUCAUAUCGACCCGGGUAGGUGGGUUUCUGCUAUGAUUUGAGGAAUGAAGUUUAUGUUGGGGUAAGGGUUAAGGUUAGGGUUAAGAAUUACGGUUAGGUGUUUAUGGUUUAAUGCUAGGGUUAGUAUUUGAGGGUUAGGGUUUGUUAGUUAAGGCUUAGGGCUAGGAUUUAGAUUUAGGGUUUAGGGUUAGGUUCAGGGUUAUUAUCUAGAAUAAGGUCUGGUUUACCAGUGCGGCCGCGUUUUAGGCCUCUGCCCAAGGGCGUAUCAGAGUGCUUGAACCAACCUUACUCCAAUGUCUUAUCUACACUCCAAAAGUUAUGCUUCAUUUCCUGCUGGAAAACGAUUUCAUGGACGCUGAUUUGUGUUUUAGACCACAAUAAUCCUGCUUUUAAAUCGUUUUACUGGAAUAUUUCUGACUUGCCGUGUGCAAUCCACUUCUUAUUCGUGUUGUGUUGUGGGAGGAGGCAUGUGAACAGCCAUCGUAAAAGGUUGAUGGUAAUACAUUCCGUCUUGCACGGCAUAUACCUCUCAGCUGAAAUGAUGUCCAGUGAGCUCUCCUUUGGUUCACAUCCGGCCUUUGCACUCUAAAAAGUAUUCACUUUUUUCAGUUUAUGUAGCUCACCCUCAUUGUUCUCAUGCAUAUCUGCACGCUGUCCCUAACUGCACUGGGACUUAUUCGAUAUUCUUUGUGUAGAAAAACUUUGCAAAAUUUCCGCAAUCUUCUUGAAAUUAGGAACGUGAAACUUAUUUUUGUCAGGGUAGAGUCGCGAAACGAUGUGGAGGUCGUUUUUUCUUCAAAAAGAACACUUAUUUACCAGAACAUAAAAUUAUUGCGUUGUCAAAUGCAGGCUGACUAUUGAGCGCAGUCUCGAAAGAUUUAAAUAACCAAAAAUAACAUCAAUUCCGGAUGCGCGUGCUCACGAGAUUCCCGUAAACCUUCGAUGUUAAAAGGCAUUUUGUCUUGAUAAUAAAAUACGUGGGAUGUUCAUGAAAAACCUAAAUUCGAUUUACUGGACUGUUUUUUCGGGGACCAGAAUUUGAGUUAAUCCCAUUGACAACUUAUUUAAAGAUUCGCCGAGUGAAACAAAAAAAUUUAAUUCGUUAAAUUUCUUUAACUUUCGAAAAGUGCUAAUGUUCCGUUAUAUGGUUAAAAUUAACUUCACAAGUAAGAUGGAAUAUAUGCUUUUGCCCUUAUUUAUACACAUUUAAUGGAAAUUCUGACUUCAACACUAACCCCAGAUUCUUGGAGUAACAUUGGCUGUUCUCGGUGGUGCGUUACUUUUGCGUCUCCAGACGGAACCAGGAAAGUCCCUUGCUCUUCCCUGGCUUUCAUUCACUCUGCUUGCCCUUGGCGGACUCCAGUUUCUUCUUGGCUUGUUGGGCGUCCUGGCGGUAACUUAUGAUCACUGUUGCGGCUUUUUUGCAGUAAGUAUCCCAAGUCUUACAUCACUAACACAUCCAUCCCCACCUAGCUCUCAUCUGGCACCCUGCUUGUGGUACUUUAUCAGGUAGCAGUCGUUGCUGCGGUCUUUACCCAAGGAAAUGAGGUUAAGUUUGUGUCUCCUUGUAUUAACCAAGUUCUUCUUCGUUCAGUACAUGCAGAUAGUUCGUCAAAAUUUCCAACGCGCCAAUUGCACCCAACAAAUACCUAGUCGGGGAAGACCGUUUUUGGUAAGUCUACUUUGCGGUUUAUUUAUUAACACAUUUCGCAGACUGAAUUAUUAAUAGGCCUUUGCAGUCGAUCGACGAUAGUUCAAACAGAACAAACAAAAGUCUGCUAAAAUUAGACAGAAUGAGAGGGAGAGUGGUUUCUCCCAAUUUUAAGAGUUGGUUCAUCAUUUCAGCCUUUUAAUCGCCUCGAAGACCAAUGUGCCAACUUGGAGUAAAUCAUUCGUAGUGUGGUUUUAUAAGCUAAGCUAUAAAGUUGGUAUGAAUAUUUUGGCUGAAAUCCAUCAGUUUCAGUAAGAUCACCGCGCGGUAUUCAUAAACUGCCAACAUGCAGCCAAUGGUAUGAAAAUGCUGCAUGGUUAACGAAAUUGGCAGCAAAGGUACUGGCUAAAAAGUCCGGCAGGUGUUUCACCGAUGUAUGGAAUAUCUACCAGAGAACCCGUUGAUUGACCGAACCCCUGAGAGCUGUGUUAUGCGUCAGCAGAAAAUCAGCGAAACAUGUGUCUGGGCUUUUAGCCAGUAUUUGUAUAGCUUUUAUAGUAGAUCCUGCCGCGGGUUUAGCGCUUGUAAUGAAUAAUCUUGUGAGUUAAAAUAAAAAGGUCGUAAAAAGAUGUCCUACGCAACAAAUAAAUUGUAAGCCAAUUCUCCGUACGAUUUACUUUAAACCUUAGCAGUCAUCAUGCGAAUGUUAGAAGAUUGAAUGCAAGCGUCGGACUUUAAUUCAGUAUUAUGCAGAAACGCAUUCAUACUUAACUUGUGCCAUGCGCACGUGUAAUAGAAGAUGGUAAUUUUUUCGUUAAAAUUCUACGUGUACUUUGUCCAGUCAAAGGCCCGUGGGUUUAAACUACGCUAGGGUGUCUCCGGGGUGUAUACCUAACUUUAUGCUACAUUUUGGCAAAAUAUGUGACUGUAGGUACCAGAAAACCGACUUUGUUUCCAAUAGUGAAAAAUAAGGCAGCAGAAUUGUGGACCGCGAAGCUAUUGCCCGUGGCGUUAAUCUUGAUAAAACAACCAGACCGGUUAAAGGUGACACAGGUAGAGAGGAAAAUUUACUUGAAUUACUUGCAUGUCCGGGCAGGUUAAAACGAAGAGUUCAAGGUCGCCUGUUUUAUUUAUGGUGGACCAGGCAGCUUAGCCGAGACCAAUAAUUUGGGUAUGCAUGAUGUAGGUUUCAUGGUGCUCGCCACCAUAAAAAGUAGUGAAAGUCGACAGAAAUAUGUCAGAUAAUUUUGUAAACUACUUGCCCAUCUCUUUAGCAUCCACUACUUUCGAACUUGCAGCUUCCUUCUUUUGAUCUCAUCAGUUAAUAGAUCUCGCAAUUAUUCGAAAAAUUAUUCACGGUUGCGUAGUUUAUUUAAGACGUCUAAAAAUGACUAUAAAACAGAUUUGACAACUCAUGAAUAGAAAUGAGUUUCACAAGAAAGUCCCUUAUAGAGCGAAAUCCGCGCACGCUGCGUUUUUAGAAGAAGUCAUUGUUUGGUUUAUAAAUCGGUAUUGACAAACAUGGAGACCACUAAUUUUCACUGAAAACUAGAAUUUCAGAGAAUGGCUAUAUUGCAAAUUACUUUAAUAAGAUUACUUGUUAGAGUGUAGCUUCCUAUUUGGUAAAAUCGAAGACCAUGAGAUGGUUUGUAACUGUUAAAUCGAUGCCAGCAGUGUUCCAACACGAACGGCUUUUCACAGUGUCUGACGAAACAAGAGAUCUGACUUUUUUCAAAAAACGACAGGAAACGUUUCUUUGAAGUUGAUGAAGACUUCGCAUCCAGUAUUUUUGCUCAGCAGGUAAAAACAACUUUCUUCUCAACGAAAUGUUAGGAUAUCAGUUAUUUUUUCGCAAAACCACUUGCUAGUUUCAAAGAUCCUUUCCAACAUGAAAUAUUCUAACUUUCACCUGCAUAAUCCAUGCCGGAAAGUUGCGUAGCAAAUGACCAUGUCGCAGCAGAUUUCCUGCCUAAAACCGUGCCUGACAUAGAACAAACCGUCUUAAGUUAUUUCGAAAGAAUUAAUAACAUGACAAAAGUUGCUUUGGGUUAACAAGUGAAACUAUUUAAGUCAAGUGAUUAGAGACAUGUUUGUUGGCUUUCGGAUGGCGGUUACCGAAGCAUCUUGACAUUACAGGUUUUGUAGUAGAUCUUGUAAAUCCAACAAGAGCUCUUUAAGAUAAUAGAGUAGAUACGAAUGGACGACAAUGGAUGAGUUUUAAGACAAGGAAGACUGAUAACCGAAAGAUAAUUCCCUGCUUGGUUGCUUGUUUCAGCCAACAAAUAAGGCAGAAGUGGUCAUUUUAGUCUCUACCUUGUCUUCAUUGGAGACUUUUUGUCCACAGCUUUUCGGCUGGUUCCGACUGCCAAAUAUGGCGGCCAGAUAUUUAUAUGCGCAGUACUAUGCGGAAGAGUUCAUCUUAUCCAUCGGUCCUGACAGGAUUGUUCUUAACAUUCCUCUUUGUGGCUUUUUUAUCAUUUAACAUGUUAUUUUACCUUUUAAGUUAUCCCGAAUGUCAUUUUGAGUAGUUCCAUAGCUAGUGUUACGAUGCUUGUGGCUACCACAGUGCGCCAAAGUCCGCGACUUUGAAGGUUGCCAAACGACGAUUGAACUCAGGCCUUACAGUCAGCAGUGUAUUUGUUUGGAGUAGCCGACUGGUAGUUUGAGAAUCCGACUGCAAUGGCUCCUUUCUGAAUACGGUCUUUAUGGCACUCCCAAUCAACUGGGAUCUGAGCCAUCCCCUCUCUUUGUGUGAAACCCUGAUCGUUCCUGUGUGGGACUAGGGGCUGUGGUCGCCCGCCUAGGUGUGGGUUCGGGCCGCGUCAGUCACUCGCACCCUUUUCUCGCCUACGGUUCCCUUGGUUAUGUCAUAGCAUCGGACGUAGGUGAGGAAGGGAGAGUGCGGUAGGUGCGGCGCAAGUCGUUAGCGUUACAGACAAAUUCGGGCACGAGCCGCCGUCCCUGCAUCCUCCCCACUGUGGAGCAUACGGUGGACAUCGUCAGUACCGACAGUCAAACUGUCAUAACCUGCACAUUCCUAGGUGUCUAAACAAAUGAUAUUGGUAUGAUGAGGAAAAUGAACUCUCCUACAAUAUUUUUAUACAUGUCCUGCCUGCAUGAGCCUGAGAUCAAUUUUGCGGACAUUAGCUUUUCACUGAUCACGCGGAACGAGUGCGCCUCAAAUUCGAGGUAGUGCAUGCUGCCGAUUAAUUUUUGACUGAUUUUUGAAAAUACAUCACUCUAUGAAAUAUUAAAUCUGGAAGAAGUCCUUGUGAGGCACACGUCAACGAAAACACUUCCAGGUUUCUGAAAAUUCAAGACUGGUCCUGACAAUUUCAAUAGAAUGGUGUCCAAACAGAAACACAAGUCAACCUCGGAAAGGCACGGUUGACAUUAAAUUCUUAAAUUCCGACAGCGUCAAGUAUGCGCCAUGUCUUUUCAUCAAGAUGUGCACAAGUUAAAAUAAAAACUCAGCACUUUCAUGAGUUCUAAAUCAUCAAACAUAUUCAUAAAAUACGGCCUAGUGGGUCUGUCGAAACAUCAUGUCAUUUCAAGGAGUAGAGUAUUCGACGUGAACUCAGGAGGGCAACGCUUCGAUUGCCGUAAUGUAAUUUAUUUGCCCUGAGAAACCAUACGGCCUGGUGAAGUUCUCUAGCACUUGCAGUUAAGUGGCAUGAUGCGUAUCGAAGUCCUCAAAUUCGAUAAAAUCCAGCACGAUUCGCAUUUUUGUCAACAUGAUACGUAGACAUGAUACUGAGCACCCAGUGGUCAUGGGAACUUCAAAUGCUCUAGCAUGUGCACAAAACGUAACCUUGUUGAUGCAAACAUCUCCAAAGGAAUUACGUCCCAUGGAAGAUAUGAGGCUUGGGAGAACUGUCUGUUGUUUACAUUCCGUCGUCGCUAAGUCACACAUACCUGGAGUAACCGAGACUCGAAAAGGGAAGCAAUUCCCUCAAAUGACGCCUUAGCCUUCAGAAUGAUACCCUAUCAAACUACCCGAAGGGCAAAUUAAUUCUACUUCAUGCGAUAAGGACUGUAAAUGAUACUUGGCACGAUAAUGCGACCGAUCUCCAUUGAAAUGGGCGUGUGUUUGUAUUGUAAGAGGUUAAGUUUGCUCGGUUGAGCAAGCUAUUAGGAGUAAAUUGCUAAAAAUGCAGCAAUUAGAAACACUUCAGAAAAUUAACGAUCACGUUUUCCAUUGAGACUAUCAGCGAUCUGAAUAAAUAAACAGAUUUCGGUGGCAAGUGUCGUAAUGUUUUUCCUUUCUAGGCAUGUUCAGGUGACCUAGUGGCCAUGGAGGAGGCAGUAAACAGGAUGAUCGGUGUCUUCGUCGCGGGACUUGCAGUGAUUCAGUGCUGCACUCUCCGCUGUACCCUCUGUUUCCUUAACAGGUCUCCUUGCAGUAGGAAGGUCUGAAUAGGGAACCAAAGACUGUGGCACAGCACAGUUCAUCUGCUCAUCUGUUGCUUUCAAUGGUCCUAUCCUUUCGUGUCAUUUUGCUGUUGGGCGUUCAGUAAACAUCAUGAAUAGACGCGUACAUCCUUUCACAUGCCAUUUUACUGACUUGGAAUUACGUGUAGAGCGGCAGGGAUGUAAUAUUUUGAACCACUUGACAAAUCAGUACGCAGGGUUCCCUAUAAAAUAAGAAUUAUGGCAGUAAUGGCGAAAACGGUAGGGUGAAGAACUCCAAUUGGUUGUCGGUAGACUAUGGGUCGUGUGCUGAUGCAUACACUUGCGAAAUAUAGUUAGGUAGUAAUGACUGGGAGUUGCACACAAGAAAGGGGAAGCAAAAAAGGAUGCCAACUGAGCAUGAAUUAAGGGAUAACAUAAAUGUCUGCCAGUGAGUAGGCUCAGUUGUUCGGUGGUCAGCCACUCAAAGAUGGGCUUUUAUGGGUGAGGAAAAUGGCAACACGAAGGGAAAUGCAGAGGAAGAAAUAAGAGAAGGCAAUGAAUUAGUAGGAGUUUGUCUUAAUGCUCCAAUCAGCUUACAAAAGUGACGCACAAUAAUAAAUGGUGUUCUAACAAAAUACAAGCUGACGGAAAGCUCAAAAUGCCCGCGAGUUAUAUGGAUUUCCUUUUUCUGGAAAGGCAAGACCCCCUAAGAGCCCAGCAAUAACUGGACGUGAUCUAAACCUGGAAAAGAGGCCCUGUUGGCAGCCGUAAAAGCCCUGCUCCCCCGUUCUGGUGUAAUUUACUAUAAACGCACAAUUCAGAAGCCGUGCCAACGCUACAAUGCGUAGGAAGUAGCUCAAACUUUAAUUUUAAAUCACAAUUCCUAGCCGUAACCCCAACCUAUAACUUACCACAAGCCUAAUCCUUGAUUCUCAUUCCAAACCCUGACCAUUAACCCAAAUGAACGAAAUCCAGCCUGCAUAGCAGCCCUAAAGCCGUUUGAACAGCGGCAAACCCCCAAUAUAACACGUCUAUGUCCUUAGCCCCCCUUCGAAUCCUUGUCGUGUCCGCUUACUCCCGCCAUCCAGAACAAGUCCCAUGGCACUAGCCUUAACCCCAGAAGCUUAACAGCAACACAGAAGACUGAAUGACCGAAUUCUGACUCACAGUAUUACAUGCUCAUAUAAAUCACAUAAGUAGCCAACUGCGUAGUAAUAAUGACGUCCUACACGUUAGAUCCUUGUCCGUCGGACUGCCGAAACGGAGGCAAUUUUAGUUAUUCUGCAGAAUUUAUAAAUCAACUGCUUUGCAAUAUUUGCCGAAGUUAGGGAAAAACGGGCCAAAAUGUUAUGAUAGACCUUAUACUACAAUUCCGAUUUAACUGGGUUGUUCUAUUGAUAGACAUGAUUCGAUUUGCAGAUAAUGCUUUUACUAGUAUUCAAGUCAUGGUUUUCCGACAUGCAGUUCACCAGACACAAAGAUAUGCCUUCUACUAUGCACCGACAAGGUUUUACCCGGAGAGAGUAGUAAGUCAAGUUGGGAGUGCUUCCUGUUCAAAUGGCCGAGUAGGUAGCACACCAAUUGCUAGUAAAGGUAAUGACAUCGUGGCCGGGUCGGGUCCGGACAACCAGGUGGUUGCCUCACCAAAUGGCUGUGAACGCGGAAGCUGCUAAUUAUAGUAGGCUAGUGGUUAUGCAGCAUCCUCUUCAUCUGUCAAGGAGAAAUACCGAGAACGAGAUGCUUCCCAAAUAAGAAAUCCGGGCGACAGAAUCACUAGACCAAUCUUUACUGCAACAGGGGACGUACGAGAGGCUACAUGUUGGAAGCAGCGAAAGCGUUUACCAUGCCGGAGGCCAACUGUUGUUCUUAGCCACGUAGAGAGGUGCGUGCACCUGCGCCUGCAAGCAAUCAGCGAAGGACAUUUUGUCGGUAGCGCUCAAGUUGCCGCUGCGUUGAUGGCCUUUCAUGCGCGAUGCAGGCACUCAGUUGACAAAAGGUGCUAGUUGGACCAAAAGCGAUAUGGGCAAGCGACCGGACUGGUGACUUCGAGAAAAGACUACCACGCGGCCGCCGCAUCUAUUCCUUACCCUUUGUGAUAGUGAGAUCGGUGGGAAACUGGAUACGUCCUGCAAGUGUGGAUUUUUCUCCAGCUACCGAGUCGUCCUUCCUCGACUGCAGGGGAAAGUGCGUCGUGGCUACAAAUGAUCAUACUGACUUUGAGGCCGGUCUGUGGCAAGGAUCGGUGAUCUGAGCAGGGGAAGGCAGUUGCUAAUCUCCGCAGUGCAAAUAUGGUUCUUGUUUGCACAGGAGAUCAGGGCCUCCCCAGUGACGGCCCGCGUUGCAAUGGCUAUGUGGUAGGCCACAUGCAGGGAGUUCCCACUGACGCAACCUAACUGACGAGUCCGCAAAUUUAAAGUCAGAUCCUACACUAAUUCGGAAAUGCCCGCAUCUAAAUCUGAAGGGUUCACAAGCUCCGGAACCAACGUUUUGUUUGCCUGAUUUUUAGAUCAUCACUGGACUAAAGAACCAGAGAUGUGACCAGAUAACGGGCAUGACUCUGUACAAGAACUCAAUCACCACGAAUUUACCCUGUCGAUUUCAGCUUUAAAUUUUACUGUACCAUUUAAUGUGACCAUUGUAGGGAGAAUGCAGUUAUUUACAUCAUUCGAGAUAUCAGAUGCAUAUAAUCAGAUAAUUCCAGACCACCGAUUCCUGACUGUGGUUGUGAUCCAAUCUAGCAGGGCAUUCCAUCCACCAGCCCCACCAUUCGAUGUCCCACCUUCCUUAUCACCAGCGGUAUCCCCUUACUCAAGUUAACAAACAUCGACACGACGAGCGAAUUUGUCUUCGGGAUUCCGCUCGACAAAUCCACCACCGGCUUUCUCUAACAGCCCUUAUUACUCUGGCCAGCCCCAAACGCCCAGGCUGCCGAUAACACUGCCGUUGGUAUAUUUCUACUUCACUCAUUUGGGAAUCGUCGUUUGGAUUUCUCACCCAGACUCUGGAUCUGGGAGGCAACAUCCGUAGUAACCUUAUUCCGGACGCCUGCUGCAACACCGCGCCUCGUUCGCGUGUGCUUGCGUGCGGUUACCGGUGGCAGUCUGCUUCUCGGGCAAUCACAACUAUCCAAACCGAUCAAUCGACUUCAAGGCCGACACAGACAUGAUCUCGCUCAAGGCGUCCUGACAUCUGCCCCUGUGGCACUCGUAUACCUGCCCUGGUGUCGCCUGAUGUAUGCCUUCGUCCGACUGUUUACUUGUUCUAGCCUAUUUUCAAUUUAUUCUGUACAGAACAUGAUGCUCUCUCUCUCUCUCUCUGCUGGCAUCCAACACCUACUCUUAUUGUUUGGGACCUGACCUGAAGGUCAUAGCCGCAAGGGUCUAACUGUGACUUAAGGUGUCUUGCUAGAAUUCUAGGAGCUGAGGUGAUCAGGAGUGUUCGAGAAAAUUCUCAGUUUCAUCGUAUUUGGUCUGCGGGGACAGCUCCACUGUCAUGAAGAAGGAGACACGAUCGUUGGGGCAAGAGCUUUAUUCACCUGACCUUCCGAGUUCCUGCUCGAACCCACCAUCAGAGACAAUAGCAGAUACGGCGAUGAAUCUCGAAAUCGGCGAACCAAAUGGUGUACCCUUCACCUGUUCGUAGAUUUCCAGUCAAACGUGAAGUACGUCCUGAGACAGAACUUCGAGAACUGAAGGACUUGCGUGUAUCCAAGAAGAUUCUCCGUUUCAUCGAAUUUGCUUUAUCGAAGCGGCUCGAUUGCCUCGAUCGCCAGAUCCUGCAGAAUAAAAGUAAAAACGUACUUAACGUCAAAAGAUACUAUGAUCUUAUUUGGAUGGAGGAUUAACCCUUUGAGUUUCUCCAGGAAUUGCGCUGACGAAGAGACCGCAGUGUCUGACUCAGUGGUCAAGAACUUGAGAUGCCGGAACGGCGACUUUGCCCGUCCGUACGUUGGAGUCCCUUUGAGCGACACGAUGAGUAGGAGAGUAGCGCCCUCUUUUUGCACCUAAGGGAGGCCACAGAAUCAGGCCAAAUCCAUAUCUUGGUCUCGCCAUGCGUCUGCCGGUCGGUGUUAUUGUGCCCGAGUUCUCCAGGGCCAACAUCGUAGCAUUAAUGUCGCGUGUCAGCGUUUUUACAGGGUUCGUUAAAAAUGGGACAUAAAAUCAUCGUCCUCCAGUUAACUUGUAGCUUUCCGGAGGUAGUCUCUCCUGUCCAGUACAACCUUGGGGCGCCGCAUGUCCGCUGGCACGAUGACCAGGUCUUUGUCGGCCUUUUGUUCUCUAGGCGCAUCACUUUCGACCUUUGAAAGCACUUCCCCGGCCUGUGGGCCUAUGACUGCCGGGGAAAUCCUUUGAAUUCUACAGGAACAUACUACUUGUUCACCUUAAUUUGGUUGCGAGGAAGAAACCACCUGUGAAGUCGGCAGCGAAUAAAAGCAUAAAACUACAGAUUACUCCGGUUGUUACAGACUGAAAGCUGCCAACUCCGACGUCUAUUCCAGCUGUGUUCAUUCGUCUGUACGCGUUUGCACAUCAGCCAGUUUUCGCUGGAAGUCAUAGUUCGUACACUGAUGAUUUGGCUAUGCCGAUGAGUUCGAAUGUCCACAAACUGGUAUUGAAAAUACGGUACUUCAAGCAGAUUUAGGAACAGACAAAGCGAGCUCGUAGACUGAUGCCUCCGAAAUGGCUGGCUGCUAGGAUAUACCUGUCAAGUAGCAGUACGCACCGAGGCACUCGGUUUGGAGGACAGCUUCUCCUACUUCGGCUUUAGCUGUCCCUCAAACGAACAGGAAGUAACAUAAUGAGAAGUGAACGAUCCAAACGCGGGUGGAUGACCUUACUUUCCAAGAACAAGAAGGACAACCCGAAGUCUUGAGGGCUAUUCCUUACAUUAAGGGAGUCUCCGUGGCGCCCUCACGACUGUUACAACCCGCCAGGGUAGGCAUUGCUUAUCGACCCCAGGCCACAAUUUGUCGUCGUUUGAUGCAACCCAAAGACAUACUGCCACCCACCGAGACAUCAGCAGUUGUCUAUGAAAUACGUUGUUACGAUGGAGACAGCAAUUACGUUGGGGAAACCGGGCGGAAAUUUCAGAUCCGCCUACAUGAGCACAAACUGGCAACUUGGAGACUAGACCUAAACUCACAGCUUGCGGCUCACAUCGGGGAAACUGGUUACAGUUUUGAUUUUCAAGGAGCAGCCGUCUUAGGUAGGGGCACCUCAAGGACAGAGCGUCUCACACUUGAGGCUUGGCACUCAGGUGCCAACUCCAUCAACAGGAGUCUUGACCUUCCUUCGGCCUAUAAAGUUCUGCCUUACUACAUACGCCGUGACGAAGACAAGACAGUCGUACGGAGCCUAAGACUACCGAGCAAACACGGCCUGUCGACCAAUUCACCCAAACGGGAGACGCAAACGCAACUUACCCCAAUUGAGGUGACGACACACAAUACAGGAGGCCACCAACACUCACAGGCGACGGCCAGCAGGCCAAGGCAGCGAAGGAAGAAAAACAUCGAUCAGCCCAAGGCCAGCUAGUUUAGCUGUCUAUUCAAAAUUAUGAUCGGCUUUUUCACUGGACGGUUUGAUAAUGGAGAGUCGCCCCAGCUCUUCGAAACGUCAGCCAAACAAGUCCCUCGAUCCGAUGAGCACUCCAUUUCCCUCAGAAGAUAUUUUCCUUCCGACUCUUUUCUGUCUCCGAGGUCUGUUCUGUGAUCCCAUAUCCAGCGAACAGGUAUUCGAGGCUUCAGACAAUUUACUGCGCCUUCCUUACGCUCUGUCUCGAAUAGUUCAAGUUUAUGUUUCGCUAGUCCGGGCUGUUUCUUCGGUCAUGUCCGACCGCGGUUACUGGCAGGGAAUCAGUUGGCUAAACUGAACGAGAAGACACCUCAGAUCGACAAAAAUAAUAACUAAUCGAUUUAGAUACGGUUGACUUGCGGCAUUGAGCCAGUUUUAUCAGUUGUAAUGAAUCCUUAUACCAGUGAAAACGAAGUGCAUAUUUUAAAUGACGGAACCGCAAAAGAGGCCUAAAACAAGACAUCGAUCUUAUGGUUUUAACAUUUGUGCGUGUAGUUUUUAUGUGUCUUUACUGAACAGCAAUACUGAGUCGGAUCCAUAAAGACAGUUGUUAACGUUCUCCAGUCUUUCUCAGUCUUUCGUAGGCUAACUGUACCGGUUCACGAACUGCAGUUCAUUUCGCAGAAUGUUUGCGCAUGCGGCCAUUUUUCGAGUUGUCCCAUAAGUUUUUGCGCUCCUUAAUCAUUCAGAAUUUUAUCAUUCUCUUAUGUUUAUAGAAAUUAAUAGAUUGUGUGUCCCCUCCGUUGUCCGCAGCCUCCCCAACGUUCAGACAGUUUUUCAAUCCUGCGCCCGAAGAAAUCCGCGUGUUUUGACGCAAAGAAUUCGCCGAACCAAUUUUGAAGAUUCGGGUUGUUAAUGAAGGAUGAUCCGGUCAAUCCGCAUUCUAUUGACCGAAAAGGAUAAAAAUUUGACGAAACAAGGUCAGGAGAAUAUGGCGGAUGUGAAAGAAUCUCCCACACAAGCUCUUCAGUGACAUUUCUGGUUAGAUUUUCAAAGUGAGGCCUGACGUUGUUGUACUGCAAAAUGACACCAUUCCGACGAUUUGAAUGUUUUUUAAGUACUUUAUUUAGGCGGCAAAGCUGUUGAUUGCAAUGCUCUAAUUAAUGGCCUAGUUCCUUUCAGGCAAUUCAUAAUCAAUAACUUCCCCGAUAUCCCACGAUACACACAACAUCCUCUUUUGAGAAUAAAGACCAGGUUUGGUUCGAGGUGUUGAUCGUAUGUUGAGGCUUAGCCAUCAUCUCCUUCGUUUUACAUCCACAUAUAAGCACCAUUUUUCAUUACGAAUGAUAAAACCGCUUCAAAAAUGAUUACGCUGUUGACAGGGAAGACGAUGCCGGGCCAAUAACGAGGCAUAAACAAGCUCGGAUAAAAGAAAAUGUCGGAAACGUUCAUUUUGCCGACCUAAUACUCCAUUUCCUGGGGUUUUAAAGAACCAAAGGUAAAUCCAAAUUAGAAAUUAUAAACACAUUCUGCCUCACUUGACUAGAGGUACAAAAUAACAUUUGACAUGAAUAAAUAAAACAAAUUAAACAGGAUAAAGUUUUGAAUGCUUGAGAAGCGCUCGAACUUAUAAGUCAACCUAAUAUUAUAUUUAAUAGAUGCAUACAUAUGUGGAAAUAUGAUUCCACAUGUGAUAUACAUGCCAAACGCCCACGAUUGGAGGGCACACUAGGUAGUGCAAAUGAGUAUGCGCAUGACUGAAAAGUGAGGUCAGGCCGCUGGUUCAGCUGCAGCACAGACGUCUGGUGCAAACUGUAUUGAUCAGACGCAUGAGCGCCAGUUGAAAAUACUGUAGCUCUGAGACACGACAACGGGUCGGAGUUGUGACGGUUAUCACCAGCAAGAUAGAAGACCAUCUGGCUCCUAAACAAAAGCCACGGCGAUGUGAUUCCAUUGCCACUUUAAGUUAACCACUAUGACCCACCGUACGGGAGCAGAUGGGCCUUGUUACAUGUGUGCUCUCGAUUCGUCAUUGUUGGUAUUCGACCGUACUGGGUGUGCCCAGUGUGAUAUGUACUGUUGCCUUCCGAUGUUGGGAGAACAUUUUUGGCCAUUCCCGUCUCCCUUGUCUUUGUCUGUAAUACCAUUCUGCCUAUAUCAUGCGCCGCUCUGCGGCUGCUCGAGAGAGAGAGCCGUGCGCGUGGCACCUGGUGGACGUGCAGCAGAUGCUUGGCUCGAUUAACUGUACCAACUGGAUAACAAACUUCGAGCGCCUGCUCGGUCAUCUUCUCACUGGGUCGACUAAUGAUUCUUAGUUUCCCAAACGCUAAGCUACGGUUCUUUUACUGUGUACGAUCAUGUAUCGAAGACAGUUACCCGUGGCAUGAAAAUUUUUAAAUUAUAUACCUUAGGCUACUUCUAACAGUUGUAUUGCCAGUAACAGGUCCUUCGAUUCCACUAAUUGAUAUUUGACGGUGAAUUCUGGUUUAGGGGUCAAAUAAAUCCCAAAAGGCUCAAGGAUUCUCGCUGUAGUCAUCAAAAGAUUCUAUGCCUACGCGACCACGAGCCAGAAUUUCUGUCUUGCACUGUUCGACUGCUCAGAGGUAGCCUUUUCUAGGCAAUUUCUUAUGAAUUGACUAGGGUAACCAGUAAAGUCGAAUAGGGAUUACACUUAAAUUACUUCUGCCUCUCCUCUACUAUCUUCGGUUCAGUCUGUUCACCCACUGACAUAAGGUUUUGACACAGUAUUACGAUUACUUUUAAAUCGAAGGAUGCGCCUGACUGUGUACAGCAAACUUUUCGCCACGUUUGUUCUUUGCACUUUUAGGAAGGACAGCCAAUUGCUGACUUCUUCUUCCUCGAUGAACAGGCUGGCUGA